CACGGUCGUCCCCUGCUUGUGUUUUUUGGUAUUAUUUUGCCCCCUCCCCCCCUUCCCCGCUCGCCCUCCCUCUCAGCCUCGCAUCGAGAAUCCCCCGGCGCGGUUUAGCCUGCAUUUGUGUGUCUGUCUCGUUGCCCGUCCCUUUGGGCGUUCUUUUUUCCUUUCCCUACCAAAAUGUCUCGUCGGGUGCCCUUCAGCGCGAAGAAGAAGAAGCAGCAGCUGAAAGAAAAGCGCAUGGAGAAGAAGGCCCGCGCCGCCGAAGAGGCGGCCCCGAAGCCUGUAAUUCCCAAGCGUCGUCAGCCGGUCAUGCGCGACAUCGGCAAUGGUCUUGUGUCGGUGUUUGCCCGCGAGCCGGAGGACGUCAUCCAAGAGCGCAUUGCCCGCAGUCGCAAGCCCUAUGACCAUUUGCCGAAGACCAGUUUGGAGAUCAGCACGGAGACCCUCUUCGGGCAUGAUGGCACCCUUGACCUGCCCAUCCGGCCGGACUGGCGCGGCAAGACCCCGGCCCAGCUGCAGCAGGACGAGUCCGACGCCUAUGACCAGUGGCUGCGGCAGAUCUAUGAGAGCUGUCGAUUGGAGGAGCUCGGCUACUUCGAGCACAACCUCGAAGUCUGGCGUCAGUUGUGGCGCGUUGUCGAGCGGUCGGAUGUCAUCCUGGUCGUGGCGGACAUCCGCCAUCCGGUCUUGCACUUCCCGCCCUCCCUGUACAACUGGGUGUCCGGUGUCAUGAAGCGCCCUAUUGUCCUGGUCCUGAAUAAGACGGACCUCGUUCCCCCCGAGGUGACCGAUGCCUGGGUGGCGUACUUCAAGCAGCGCUUCCCGCUUGUCCAUGUGUCGACUUUCACCUGCUACCCGGAGCUGAAGGACGCCGCGUCCAUGGGAUCUGGUCAGGCACGCCGGACGCAGAAUGCCUUCCGCCCGGCGGCCGGCGUGGGGGACCUAUUCCGCGCCUGCCGCGAUGUGAAGCUCCUCAAGCGCGGAGUCCUGGUCGACUGGGACCAGCUGAUUGCCAAGUAUGAUCGUCACCGCGCCGACGAGGACGAUUCCGAAGAUGAUGAGAUGCCGGCCGGCCUUACCGGGAAGAUGGCCAAGGCUCGGGUCGGGAAGAAGGGGCGCCAUGCGGCAAGCCGCGAGCACGCCGCCGAUGACGCCUCGGACGCGGAAGAUCUGCCGGAGGAUGCGACCCCCGAGGAUGAGGAGGCCGAGGCCGUCACGGAGGGAAUUUACAGCGGGGCCGAUCCCCGGAGUGAUAUGAUCACCAUCGGCCUGGUGGGGCACCCGAAUGUGGGGAAGUCCUCCAUCGUCAAUGGCAUCCGCGGCAAGAAGGUGGUCAGCGCCUCAAAGACGCCGGGCCACACCAAGCAUUUCCAAACCAUCCACCUGUCCAAGACCGUGCGCCUGUGCGACAGCCCGGGGCUGGUGUUCCCGUCGAAGGUCAGCCGCGCGCACCAGAUCCUCUCCGGUGUCUUCAACAUCGCCCAGGUGAAUGAGCCCUAUUCGGUGGUGCAGUUCCUGGCCGAGCGUCUGCCCUUGCCGGAGAUCCUGCGCCUGUCGCAGAAGGAUCACCCAGCCUUCGUCCAGAGGGAGGAGGGCUCUCUCCUGCCGACUACCUUUGAGUGGACCGCCUGGGACCUGUGUGAAGCCUACGCCCACAAGCGCGGCUACAUCAAUGCCAAGUCCUCGCGGCCCGAUGCCUACCGUGCUGCCAACAUGAUCCUGCGCAUGGCCUUUGAUGGGCGUGAGCUGCUGUUGAGCUUCAAGCCGCCUGGCUUCUAUGAGAGCCAGCCGGACUUCGCGGACUUCGGCGAUGACCUCGCCCAGCUGGCCGCACACGGCGGGCCGGACCAGGCUGAGAGUGCCGAUGAUCAGGACUUCUCCGAUAGUGAGGCGGACACUUCCGACGAGGACCUUUCGGAAGAUGACGAGGACGAUGAGGACUAUGAGGAGGAUGAGGAGGAGGAUGAGGAGGAGGAUGAGGACGACGAGGAGGAGUAG